AUGUCACCUCUCACACCUGAACAAAUAGCUUCUUACCAUGAGAAUGGUUACCUCCUCCUACGCGCCGACGAGCAUAAACUCGUUGAUCCUACAGAACUCAAGCGAUGGACGCAAGAAGUCCAGGCCUGGCCUCGUGUCAAGGGCAAAUGGAUGCCCUACGACGAAAUCAACAUCAAUGGCGAACGCCAACUGAUGCGCACGGAAAGGUUCAUUGACUACCACCCCGAGUUUAAGUCACUGGUCUGCGGCGAGCAGUUGGCCGAGAUUCUGAAGGCAGUCUCAGGCGAUGAUAUGCUCCUCUUCAAAGAGAAGAUCAACUACAAACAGCCACAGGGAAACGGCUUUCAAGCGCACCUCGAUGCACCAGCCUACGACCACAUCGGCCGCAUCGAACAUGUUACCGCCAACAUAGCCAUUGACGCCGCGACUCCCGAAAACGGAUGUCUAGAGGUUGUGCCCGGGUCACACAAGAUGCAAGUUGAAUUUGCGGAAGGUGGCCGAAUCAAGUCAGAAUGGGAGCACGCGCAUGAAUGGACUUCUGUUCCACUUGAAAUGGGUGAUAUGCUGAUCUUUGGGUCACAUCUUGCCCAUCGCUCGGCUGAGAACAAGACUGACAAGAGUCGGUCGAGCCUUUAUGCUACCUUUCACUCGAGGAGUGACGGAGAGGAUCUUAGGGGUCAAUAUUACAAGCAUCGAAUGGAGAUGUUUCCACCUGAGCAUGAGCGUGAGGAAGGCAGGGAUUACUCUAAAGGCUACGAGACCUAUGGCUUUGCGGCGCCUUUCACCAAAGCCCAGGACAAGGCUGCUGCAACUGUUGAUGUUGUUUAG